CACAUUUCACGGCCUUAACUUUGUCUCGCGUUGGUGGCGUCAAACAAACUGCCAUUUGCUGCGCCCACCAUUGGCUGGCGUCCAGUGAGAGAAUCGCCCUUGUCUCUCUCUUUUUCCUUCCCCCGCGCCACCACUAACUGCGGUAGGCUGGUGGUACCUGGUACACCGUGCUCCGUAAAAGAGGCCAUUUUUUUUCCAACGCAAAACGCCGUUUCUAAGCAUCCGGAUCGCCAGCGUGGCAUCUUUCCCCUUUGAGGAACAUCUCAUGAUAUGUCAGCAAGAAGGCUGUAAAGUCUCCGGUGCAGCUUCUUGUUCUUUAUUCUUUUGCAGGUGUCUUGUUUUCUUUUUCCUUUUUUCUAUAUAAGAUUUUGCAUAUCCCCCUGCCGUGAGCCUUGGAAGCGCUGCUAUUGUGGCUCCAAGUUGCAUUUACUUGCUGUGGCUUGUCAAUAGGCUUCAAUCAGUCAACCUUCUUUACGAAUUGGACUGGCAGCCCUUCUCUAUCUGCCUCCUCUUUCGCUUUUACCACCUUGUUAUCUGGGUCGCAUUAAUUGGGACUCUUCAUCAAGCUACGUUACAUCAGCCGUCAUAGUGCAAUACUCCGGGGAACCGCAUAUCUUCCAUCCGGCGGCUGUUUCGGACCCUCGCUCCGUGAAGCGAUGCCAAUCGUUCUUCCAACAAUUAACCCAUAGAACUUGUCGCAACAAGAAGUUUCUUCUGCUGGAUACAGAAUGAAAUCCGCGAGCAACCUGUUUUUCCUCUCAGUGUUUGCCCUUUGGGCGACACCGGGUGCAUGUUCGGGCUCUACCGACUCCUGUCCUUUUUCACCAAACGCCAUCAUCGACGAUGGAUGCGUCUCGUAUGGUACGCUCGAUAGACUCAACGUCAAGGUGAAGCCGGUGAUAGACGAGCUUGUUCACACGACCGAUUUCUUUUCGCAUUAUCGCAUGAACCUUUUCCACAAAACAUGUCCAUUCUGGAACGACGAAGAUGGCAUGUGCGGCAACAUCGCCUGCGCCGUCGAGACACUAGACAAUGAAGAGGAUAUCCCCGAAAUUUGGAGGGCCCACGAGCUUAGCAAGCUGGAGGGUCCUAGAGCGAAGCAUCCGGGCAAGACAAUGCAGAGGCAACACCCGGAUCGGCCGCUACAAGGAGAAUUGGGCGAAGAUGUGGGAGAAAGUUGUGUGGUUGAAUACGACGACGAGUGCGACGACAGGGAUUACUGCGUGCUGGACGACGAAGGUGCAGCCUCCAAGGGAGACUAUGUCAGCUUGUUGCGCAACCCGGAGCGGUUUACUGGAUAUGGUGGUCAAAGUUCAAAGCAGGUCUGGGACGCCAUCUAUUUGGAAAACUGCUUUAAGAAGAGCUCCUUUCCAAAAUCUGCCGACCUUGGCAUUUCACAUCGGCCAACCGAACCCGCUGCUUUGGAUUUCAAGAACGUAUUGGAUGCAGCUGGCCGCCAAGCCCAGCUUGAACAUCAGCGACAGAGCAACCCAAACAUUCCUUUCGUUGCAAACACUGGCUACGAGGGCGAAGAUGAGUGCCUGGAGAAGCGAGUAUUCUAUCGAGUGGUCUCGGGGAUGCACGCCAGUAUCAGCGUCCAUUUGUGCUGGGACUUUUUAAACCAGAGUACUGGAGAGUGGCAGCCCAACUUGGCUUGCUACGAAAGCCGAUUGCACGGAUACCCCGAUCGUAUCAGCAACCUAUACUUCAACUACGCUCUCGUCACUCGCGCCGUUGCGAAGCUGGCCCCCUAUGUUCUUGGAUCGCAGUACACCUUCUGUACCGGGGACCCACGACAGGACGAUGAUACUCGAGCCAAGAUCGCUGCUGUGACCAAGUACGCAGCUAGUGUUCCUCAAAUCUUCGACGAAAGUGUCAUGUUCGUUAACGGCGAAGGCCCUUCUCUCAAGGAAGAUUUCCGCAAUCGCUUCCGCAACAUCAGCCGAGUCAUGGAUUGUGUUGGCUGCGACAAGUGCCGGCUCUGGGGCAAGAUCCAGACAAACGGGUACGGAACUGCCUUGAAGGUGCUCUUCGAAUUCAAUGAAGGCCAGAAGCCUCCAUCCCUCAAGCGAACCGAGCUGGUGGCCCUCUUCAACACAUACGCUAGGCUCAGUUCAUCGGUUUCUGCCGUUGGUAAAUUCCGGGCCAUGAUCGAUAUGCGUGACAAGGCCGAGUCUCAGACGAUACAUAACAUGGAAGAUAUCUGGCAGCUUGUCGACGAGACUGACGAAGACAUGGACGAGUUUAUCAGGAUGCGUCAUCGUGGAUCCCACGGCGAUACGCUAGGCGAGCAGGUUGGAAAUGAAUUCGCCCGCAUCAUGAAGGCAGUCAAGAUUGUGCUCAAGAGCUGGAUCCGAACACCUAGGAUGAUCUGGGAAAUUGUCUCGGAUGAGACGUUGAGGGUAUACCGUGCUUGGAUCGGUCUGCCCCCGCGACCCAGACGCUAUGCAUUCAGGCUCCCAAUUUUGGAUAGAGACGAAUUGUAAGCGCGUUGCAACAUACACUCACUCACUGUACAUGCUGUAUAUACAUUCAAUUUGCAAUACUUGGCGUUUUUGGGAGGGUCUAACUCUGGGUUUUGUUUUUCUUCCGAGCGGACAAGCUUCAUAACAGGGGCGGCUGGUUAUUUGCCCUGCAUUGAUAGAAUUGGCCCCGUUGUCCAACAGA